CCACUCUACACCAUUCACUCUGUUUUCCUCUCGACAGCCACCGAUAUUUGCUUUCUGUACUGAGUCAGCUUGAACUUAUUGUUAUAGCUGUUCAUCUGGGCACUGUCUGUUAACCAUGCAGCGGGAGCACCUCCGUCGUGGAUUCACUAUUAGUCACCAAAAAGUCGUGCUCGAAAUUGACUUCUCGGGCAAGCUUUGGGGUUACACGGAGAUCAUCAUAGUUCCAAAUAGCAAGGACUUGAGGACGAUCAAUCUUCACUCGCGACAAUGUGCGAUCCACAACGUGACUGUUGCUUCCCACCGCGCCGACUUCAUCCAAUACGAUGCUCUCGCCAACCUGAAUAUCUCCAGCCCCCAAGACGUGCACACACAUCCAGAACUGAAGCGAAAACUCUACUCGGCACUUGCAGAAGACGAUGAGGGUGAACUCUCCAUAGCCAUUCCGAAGGACGUCUCCGUGAAGUCGUCUGGAGGUGGAAAUGGGUCAUUUUUUGCCAACGAAGCUUCGACCCCUGAGCCUCAAACGCCAGGUUUCUCAGGGCCACAAUCUUCCGUCGCAGCGGAAUUUUCUCCAAUAACCAUCAAUAUCGAGUACAGUAUUCGCGAUCCUGUCGAUGGACUGCAGUUUGUUCUGCCGACUGAUACUUAUCCCUACCGCGUACCACAUGUAUAUACGACUCCAUCUACACCCGACGCAGCGAGAUGUUGGGUCCCCUGCAUCGAUAAUAUCUGGGAGAAGUGUACCUGGGAUCUUGAGUUUGUCGUUCCACGCUACUUGGAGGACCAUAAUGGAGAUCCAGAAGCCAGUGGCGAGGAAGACGAACCAAAGAACGAACAUCCCACAGUGGUGGUUUGUAGUGGAGAGUUUGUAGAACAGGUGACGCACCCGUUCAACUCGAACAAAGCCAUCUUCAUCUUCUCCCAGGGGAUACAAACUUCGGCUCAGCAUAUCGGCUUCGUUGCAGGCCCUCUUCAUGUUCUCCCUAUUCCCACAGAACACACCACCGGUGACGAACCAGCGGGGUCUUCUCAGCCGCAAAUGCAUGCCUUCUGUCUACCAGGGCACGAAACACAACUCUCGAAUUCUGUCCCCUUCCUCCGCCAGGCCAUGACUUUCUUCGCCAGUGAGUUUGGAUCGUAUCCUUUUGGCUCAUACAAGCUUGUCUUCGUCGACGAGAUGCCUCGCGUCAAGUUCGACACAUCCACGCUUUCCAUCGCCAGUGCCGAUCUGUUACAUGGUGACGAUGCCAUCGACCAGGUUUACGAGACGCGGCAAACCCUCACCCACUCCCUCGCUUAUCAAUGGAUAGGGAUCAAUAUCCAACCCAAGGCAUGGGCCGACCUGUGGUUGACGAACGGUUUAGGGCUUUAUAUCAGCGGUUUAUUCCUUCGCAAGCUGUUCGGGACCAACGAGUACAGAUUCCGCAUGAAGAAGGACAUGUCUCGGGUAACCGAACUCGACAACGGAGGCAUGCCACCUAUCUGUCAGCCUCAGCAUCUCGAUCCUCCCGAAGCUGCAACUCUACCUUUCCUCAACCUCAAAUCGCCUCUCGUUUUGCAUAUCCUCGACCGUCGAUUGGGGAAAUCCGGAACCUCGCUCGGCCUCUCCCGUGUCCUUCCCAAACUCUUUCUUUCCGCAAUUUCUGGGGAGAUGCAAAACAACGCGCUCUCGACGCACACUUUCCUUAGGACAUGUAGGAAAGUCAGUGGAGUGGACCUCAGGUCGUUCGCGGAGCAGUGGAUCUAUGGCAGUGGGUGCCCCUCGUUCGGAUUUUCCGCGUCGUUCAACAGGAAGAAGAUGGCCGUAGAGAUCACGAUGAGGCAGGAUGCUCCGGCGUACAAGGAGCUUGAGAACAAUCCGGUUGUGAAGGCGUUGUUGAAACCUGUUCCGUUUUUCGAGGGCCAGAUGACAAUUCGUAUUCACGAAGCCGAUGGCACUCCCUACGAACACGUCCUCGAUAUUCGAGCCCCGUUCAAGCGCUACGAAGUUCCGUUUAACACGAAGUACAAACGUGUUCGGCGCAAUACAAAGCGUUACCUUGCCCGUCAGGCUGCAGCUCAGGCCGCAGCCGAAGGUGACGCCGAAGCGGCGGAGGCUAUGGGAAUGGUUGACAUGGGCUUCGGACUCGAUAUUUGGGAGAAUGAGAGGGAAAGAGAAAAUUGGAAGGUAGCGGACUGGUCGGAGGAUGACGAGCAGGUUAUGAGUGGUGCGACGUAUGAAUGGAUCAGGAUGGAUGCGGAUUUCGAAUGGAUCGCUGCGGUUGCAUUUGACCAGCCGGAUUAUAUGUGGGUAUCGCAGUUACAGAGGGAUAGGGAUGUGGUGGCGCAGCUGGAGGCCGUCAAUGCUCUAUCCAAGAUGCCUUCGGCAAUUGUUUCUAGUCAGCUCACCAAGACAGUGCUCGUUUCGAAUUACUUCUUUCGAGUCCGGUGUGAAGCUGCUCUGGCAUUGGUCACUUGUGCUAUUCGUCGCCUGGAUUUCCUUGGCCUAUUCCACCUAUUUAAGUUGUUCUUGCGGUACUGCUACGAUCCCGAGGAUCCACAACAGGAUCUCUUCACCCAUACAUAUGUACCACGGCCGAACGACUUCUCCGACUUUGCGGAUUACUUUGUCAGGAGGGCUUUGAUCAAGGCGAUUUCUCAAGUUCGCUUCGAGAACGGCAAAUGCCCUUCUGUCGUACGGAAAUUCCUCACCGAUCAACUGAAGUAUAACGACAACACUGCCAACCCCUAUACCGAUGCGUUCUACAUUUGCACCCUCAUCUCCUCACUCGCCUGUGCUUGCGUCUCUACUUCUCCCCCGGAACGUGGAGAACUAUUUCCGAUGGAGGCAAAGAACGAACAGUCUUCGGAAGACGCGAUGAUCCUGAAGGACGCCUUGGCUGAGGCGGAUCGUUAUCGGAAUAUGGACAGGCUGAUCGCUUCGCCACACAACGUAGUGACCAUUGCUGCUCUCGAGUUCCGCUUGAUUCUUAGCGUGGCGAACCUCAUUCCCAAUGAUCCUCGGGUGUUCUUCCCCCUAACCCGGGAGGGCAACUACGUUCAAGUCCGCAUCGCCGCUUUCGAUGCUCUCUUCCUCACCAGGUGGUACACUCCCAAGAUCGUCCGGUACAUCCUAGCGGUCAUCGCCAACGAUCCUUCCCGAAUUAUUCGACGCCACGUCGCUCGGAAUGCUUCCCAGUCCCUGGCCUUGUUGGUCACAAUGGGCGAGCUGAAGGACUCUAAGAAGGAGUCCGAGUCCUUGCUCAUCGAAGAAGAUGGCGCCACUCAGGAGAAAGUCAAGGAGAAUAAGAGGAGCGAAGUCGACCAGCUUGUGAAGGCCCUCCGGAAGGAUAAGGAGGUCGGGAAGAAUGAAGUGUUGCGCGAGUUCUUGCUCCCCAUCAUAUUAGCUCCGGACGCAGAUCACGAAGUUCGGUGGUCUAUUCUCAAGCUCCUCGACAUUCUCGUCAGGGGUUCAGAGGAGGUCCCACCGAAGAUUACGAUUCAUGUUCCCCCUUCGACCCCCAUCACCGAGACCCCACCGUCUUUGUCCUCUGUCAAGAUCCCAGCUUUCAAGCCUGGUCGUCCUCUCAAAUCUGCUGGUACACCUGUUAGGAGCCCGCUCGUGCCGCCAACCAACCCUCCCAAAGUCCGAUUGCUCCCUGGGACGGCCAGUACAGAUGCCAGCUCCCACAAAGUCCCGUCUACUCCGCAUGCAGAGACUUCGCUUUCCAUCAACACAAAGAAGAACGUUACCAUCCAGACGCCACAUAUCAAUGGUGGCCCUUCAGUAGCGCCCCCCAGACCGAAAGGCAGACCGCCAAAACCAAAGGAUGGGAAGGCUGUUCCAAAGGCACAGAGUGGUGGGAUGGACAUUAGGGAUGUGAAAGCUUGCGAGAUGGCGUUGAAGAAACUGAAAGGCAACAAGCAUGCGCGCUUCUAUCUCCAUCCUGUUGAUCCUGUCAGGGACAAGGCUAUCAAUUAUUUCGAGAUCAUCAAGAACCCCAUCGAUCUGGACACCAUGGGCAUCAAACUCUCGCAGGGGAUGUACAAAGACCGUUUUGCGUUCGAGGCGGACUUCCGGCUUAUGAUUCAAAACGCAAAGACGUACAACUCACCGGAAACUUAUGUCUACAACGAGGGAGUCGCGCUGGAGCAGUUCUUCGAUGCUCAGUGGGCGCGUAUCAAUCACACAAUAGAGAGCAAGAAACCGAACGAACCUCCCCCUCCACCCCCCAGACCCAUGCAGCCCCCUCCGGUGCCCUUGCACAAGGCAUCGACGGCGCACAUGUCUCAACCCAAGCGUACUCCCGUAACCCCUCAAUCUUCAACCUCUACAGUACCGGAGACUACCUCUCGUCCAUCUAUCAAGCUCAAGAUCGGAACCUCAUCUUCGUUGCGUCCGGAUCCUAUCCCCACCACAGCUUCGCAGCCAGUGAAACUCAAACCUCGCAAAUCGAAGGCGGCCGAAACCACCUCAGGGUCUCCUGUUGAUGAUGGGACCGAUGAUCUACUUGAGGAAGUCAUUGCGAUUGAACGAGAUGUCCAGAAGAAGAAACACCAGUAUGGGCCGAUCGAGAGACCUGAGCCGUCCAUCACCGGGCCACCUCCUGCAAAGAGGAAAAAGGUUAGCGCUUCCGCCGAUCUCGUCGAGGAAGAUGAGAUCUUGGCGCUUGCUUCUCCUCACAAACGACCUCGGUCACCCGAUGAGAAGAAAGAGGCUCCUGUUCUUGAAAAGCCUGCUCCUCCGAUCAAGCCCAGGAAACCCUUCGAACCUCCUACUAGUGCUCAUGCCUCACCAGUUCCUGCCAUGUCGCCUUCGAGAGCACCAAGUAAACCGACAGCGUCCGCCACCCCUCCACCAGCACCGCCUGCGGUCAAGGCACCGAAGAAGACAUCGACGCCGGUUGUGACUGUGACUCCCUUCGACAAGAAGAAGUGCCAGAUCGUGUUGAAAGCACUGGCACAAAUGCCGGAAUACGGAAUAUUCUCACGGCCUGUGGAUCCUGAGCUCGACGGUUGUCCUACAUACUUUGACGAAAUCAAGAACCCGAUGGACUUCGGAACCAUGGGUACGAAGGUUAAGGAAGGCAGAUAUACCACGAUGGAGGAGUUCGACAAGGAUGCCAAGCUCGUGUUCGGCAAUUGCAAGACAUUCAAUCCGCCUACCACCGCCCCGCAUUCUUGGGCCGAAGUAGUGGAGAAAGUGUAUCGGAGGGAAUGGGCGAAGGCUAUGGAGAAGAAGCUUGCUCCUUCAGACAAGCGAGCGUUGCUAUCGUUGGUCAACAACCUGGUCAAGGAUCCCAUAUCCUGGGUCUUCCGAGAACCAGUGGAUCCAAUCGCACUUGGCGUCCCGCAGUACUACGAUGUCAUACCCAAGCACACCGCCCGGGAUCUCAGAACGAUUCGACAGAAGCUCGAAGCGGACAAGUAUGAGUCCAUACAAGCCUGGGAGGAGGAUGUGGAUCUUAUGAUCCAAAACGCCAUUCGGUUCAACGGCGAAGACUCCGAGGUCGGAAUGAUGGCAAUCACUGUGCGGAACUGGGUUAAGGACAGGAUGGCUCCACUGAAGUCCAAGAAGAGGAAAGAGUCGGACAAGCCAAAUGGGUCUCAGCCGAGUGCGGCGAAGAAGGCCAGGGUGGGUUGAAGCCCAUUGAUUUUCUCGAAAUUUUCGCUGUCGUUGCUUUCGGUCAUGGAUACAAGGCUUGUACUACCUGUAACUAACCUAUGUCGCCGUUGUUGUCGUCAAUUGGAUGUACCAUAGUUUUUUAUUUGUACGGAUAAUUCG